AUGAAUUUCCUUUCGUUCGUCCUCCUUCUUAUUGCGGCUGUUUCCACAUUUGCCGCCCCUCAAUUCAUUCAAAAAACUACUGUCAUUCACGGUGGACCUGGAUUCGGACGCCCUGGAUUCGGAGGUCCAGGUUUCGGCCGUCCUGGAUUCGGUGGACCAGGAUUUGGAAGACCAGGAUUUGGUGGUCCAGCAUUCGGACGCCCUGGAUUUGGAGGACCAACCACCGUCAUCAAGAAGACAAUUAUUCAUGGUUGA